AUGACAACAGACAAAGGCAGCACCACACAACCAACAAACAGUGCUGAACAGUUCUCUGUAGAGGAUGUAUUAGGCAUCCUGAAGGAGGCAGUUGAAACAACCAUCCAGAAUGCUCAGUAUCAACACAGCAAGGUACCACAGUGGACAGCAAGCGUAAUAGAGACAUCUCUCAAGAAACUACAAGAGCUCAACAAGCCCUACAAAUAUAUCGUCACCUGCACCAUACUACAAAAGGUUGGAGCAGGAUUCCACACUGCGAGCUCAUGUCUAUGGGAUAGUAACACGGACAACAAUAGCUCAUUCAGAUGGGAGAACAAAUCAAUGUUCUGUAUUGCAACUGUAUUUGGAUGUAUGAUUAAU